AUGGAAGCAGUAACGAGAUCUUCCACUAGAAUCCUUGUAAACAACUUCAAUGGCAAAAGCUUACCUUUGUCGAGAGCCCCUCUUGGGAAACAGAUCAACUUCUUCGGAUCUUUGAUUCUCUUCUCAAUCCCGCUCAAGAAGACAGUUCAAUGCGUCCCUUUAUCAAAAACAGAGUUUCUUGUUAACCAAACACGGGUUUCUACUACAGCAGAUGCUGGGAUCCAAACAAUGCGUGAUGACCCUAUUUUAAGUUGCUGGGAUGCCUCAGAUGCUGUACCACUAAACUGGUCAAAUGGACACUUGUGGACUGCUGAGCUGGAUGAACCUGUGGAGAGGUCAAUACAAUUCAAGUACGUACUUAGAGGAAGCAAGGGGGAAAUUUUCUGGCAACCUAGCCUGGGCCGAUUUUUCCAGACAUGGGAAACAAACAACACAAUUACCAUUACUGAAGAUUGGGAGAAUGCUGAGGCUCAGAAGAUAACCGAGCAGCAAAUGACGGAUCCAAAUGAGGAACUGGUGAAUGUUUUUACAAUAGAAUCACUUGUCGAUGAUAGUGUUACUAAUCUAAUAGAAGAAUUCAUGUCGAAUGUACAGGAAGAUGUGAUGUCUGCCGAUGAUAUUGCUUUUCCCGAAGAUCAACAGACUGUCAACAGAAUCGAAUUCUUUGUAACAGAGAAUGAAACUCAUCAAAAACAGGGGCCAUGGGUCAAUGCAAAAGCCAUCAACAAAAACCAAUGGAAGACUACAAUGGCUGAGAAGAAACCAACAAGUGUGGAACCAGAGGAGUCAGUCUUCACCUAUGAAGGUGGUCAUGUUUUGGUACCUGACUUGAACCCAAUGCCAGCGAUAUCGGCUAAUAAAGCACCUCACAGAUAA